AUGUUCUUCUCCAAAUUCGUUUCCAUCGCGACGGUGUUGGUCGCCAGCGGGCAAGCUCUCCCAAGCUUGGAAGAUCGCCAGUCCGGCUGUCCGCCAAUCCACAUCUUCGGCGCGCGCGAGACGACAGCAUCGCCAGGCUUUGGAACCGCAGGCGUCUUCAUCAAUCUCAUCGUAGGCGCAUAUCCCUCGGCCACCACGGAGGCGAUCAACUAUCCAGCCACUGGUGGAGACUCUUAUGGCAGUUCAAUGAGGACUGGUGUGGCCAACAUCGCCAACCAGAUCAAUUCUUUCAACCAGAGAUGCCCUCAGGCAAAGCUCGUCGUCGUCGGGUAUUCGCAGGGCGCGCAAAUCUCCGACAAUGCCAUCUGCGGCGGCGGAGACCCGAAUCAAGGCCUCACUGACACCCGCGCCUUGUUGACCUCUGCUGCUGGCACGGCUGUCAAGGCCAUCAUCUUGGCCGGCAAUCCCCGGAACUCACCGGCUGAGAAGUCGGUGUUCGGAUACGGGAGCUGCAAUGCCCAAGGAUUCUCUCCUCGCCCUGCCGGUUUCUCUUGCAGCACCUUCGCUGCUCGCAUUAGAUCCUAUUGCGAUGCGGCUGAUCCAUACUGCUGCACUGGUAACGACGCCGCCGCCCACCAGGCCUAUGGCAGGAUCUACGGUCAGAAUGCGUUGGCCUUUGUCAAGAGCAAGCUUGGAUGA